UUUUGAAUACUACAAUCUCUGCUCGGCAUUGAGGGACGCAUUAGAGGUUAGCUUCUUUCAAUGCGUUUCGCAGACGUAAUAAUAAACAAACUGUAGUAUUUUCUAUUUAAAAGUUACUAAAAAAUCUACAAAAUGACGAUCGGCAAAAAUAAUAAAAUGAUCCAACAUAUAAACUACAGGGUAAGGAUCACCCUGCAAGAUUCUCGUACAUUUAUCGGUACAUUCAAGGCUUUUGAUAAGCACAUGAAUAUGAUACUUGGUGAUUGUGAAGAAUUCAGGAAAAUUAAACCAAAGAAUUCAAAAGUUGAACGAGAGGAAAAAAGGGUAUUGGGAUUUGUUCUACUUAGAGGAGAAAGCAUUGUUUCUCUAACUGUAGAAGGACCUCCACCACCAGAGGAAGGUUUACCUAGAGUGCCAAUUCCUGGUGCUGCUCCAGGCCCAGGAAUGGGAAGGGCUGCGGGUAGAGGAAUGCCUGCUGGUAUUGGAGGAGUUCCUGUUGGUCUGCAAGGACCAGUUCGUGGUGUUGGAGGCCCAUCUCAACAAGUCAUGACUCCUGGUGGACGUGGACAGGUAUCUGCACCACCACAAAUGAAUCAAGGACCACCCAGGAUGGGAGGUCCUCCUCCUGGAAUGAUGGGACCACCUCCUGGUAUGAUGGGAAUGCCUCCAGGUAUGCCAGGAAUGGGACGCGGUGGUCCCCCACCACCAAUGGGUAUGAGAGGUCCACCCCCUGGCAUGAUGAGAGGAGGCCCUCCUGGCCCACCAAGACCCUACUAGAUUUGGUGAUACAUAAACUAAAAUUCAGUACAGAAUUUUUUCAAUUUGUAUUUAGAUAAUAAGUUUGUAUGAUAAUUAUAAUAAGCAUAAUAAAAUUA